AUGACGAUGCUCGCGAUGGCUCGAGGCUCAGUGGAGAGAAGAGAAGAUGAAGUGGAGACGGAGGGAGAAGCGAACGGAGAGGUGGACGUCGUAGGGGUAGAAGAGGCCGCACCGGUGGAUCUCACGCGACGUUUAGGGUUGACGAGGCCGCCCGAGAGGCCAGCGAUAGCGUUCUCCGUGGAGAAUAUCUUGGACCCGACUAAGUUCACUGGACGAUCUGAAGUUCCUCUGCGAUACGAUGAGACUUAUUGGAGGCCGCAUUAUGAUAGAGAAGACAGCGAUUCGGGUUAG